AGCCUGUCUGUAACCGUUUUUGUUCCCAAUAUAUCCGCUUUACCAUCCUAUGUGCAAUGUUAGGGACUUUAAGCAACAACGGAUUUUGAGACUGCUACAGUAACCGGAAAUAGAUCUGUGCUCUGCUGAUCGAGACUUACUCCGCUCUGCUGCCACAGCAUGCAGAUCUACAACGGGAAAGUAGCGAUUUAACAUAUUCACUACAACGUGUGAUUGAGCUAUGUCAUCUGCUCUGUCUGCUCCUCGACAUGACAGUUGUGUCAGUGGUGGUGGUACAAACAAGUGUUCACAUAGCUGCCUAAAUGGUAAUGUAAACUCGCCGUGUUCUGGACAGCAAGUUAGCUCGCUAUGUUCCGAACAGUGCAACAUGACGAAUAAAAAAAGAUAUACUUCCAGAUCAGUUUUGGUUUUUGUGUGUGUGUAAUGUCUAAUUCCUUCCAUUUUACAGAACAAGGUCUUCCGCACACAGGGACGUUGUGCACUUUUUUCUAUAAAUAUUGGUCCAUUUCACAUUAAUCAAAGUGUUUUACUGUUUGGGUUAGUCAAUAAGCAACCAUAAUCAUAAAUCACAUUUCUCUGGAGAAAAACCUCCACUGGACGGACGUUAACUUAUGGUGGAUGUUAACUUAUCUGUUCGAAGCACAGUGAGUUUCGUUAUCGGUCGCGCCAUCUUGAAGGAACGUUUUGAUCGUGGUCGCUGGAGUGGGCGGGGCUUAAGAACGGAAUGAAGAAGAAUGUGGAGGACCAACAGGAAAUGAUACAGGACUGAUACAGGACUGCGUAAUGUUAACCCCUUGGCCACGCUGCAUCACAUAUACAUUUUGUUUUUAAAUGUAGAGGCAAUUACAUUUCACUAUGCAAUUACAUGUCACUUUAGCAUUCAAUUAACUGAAAAUAUUCCAUAGUAGCUGCAUAUGACAACAUUAAUAUGAAUUAAUGAAUGUCUUGGAAUAAAUAAGACUGAAUAAGUUCAUGGUAUACACAGGCUAUGCAGUUAGUAUAGGCUAGACAGAAUAUAGACAAUUUCUACAGGACAAUUAUUGCUCAGAUGUAAAGAAUAGUUGGAUUGACCAACCGUUAGUUGCAUCAAACCAAAGCUUUUUCCCAGUAUGUUUUCCAAAAUUUCGGACCCUGUUUCAAUGUGCCCCAGAACGGUUGCAACUUUCCCACUGGACGGUGCAAGUAGCAACAUUUUCGCUCCCGCUACCUUCGACUGAACUGUAAUAGCCAGGAAUGUGCUAUAACUGCCGAUUGUCAAUAGUUAUAGCAAAUUCAUGUAUCUUAUUUCCGGAUUAAAUUAUAUUUGGUAUAUUGGUUGUUCCCCGAUCUCUCCUGCUAGUUUAUGUAUUCCAGAAAUGUGAUUACGCGGCUUGUGCAACCCGUGAAACAUGUAUAAAUGUUCUGCCCUUCGCGAGUGCCGCACACAACGCAAAUCACGCAAUCUAAGCCGACGACUACCAAAAUAAACAAAAGCUUGAAUAAAUAACGAUCGGUUAAGAAUGUUAAGGGUACAUUCCGGUAAUUUCACAUAUUAGCCUAAUUGAGAAGCGACAUGUUUCGGGAAACACACGUAAAAUGAGCAAAUGACUCGAAUAGAAAUUUGCAGACACUCUUACCGCUUGUACGAAUGGGACGCUUGUGCGAAGAAACACUUUUGUGGGUGGAUGACUGUGUUCCGUCAGUUAAAACAAGUUGCUUAUAGAGUUGUUGUACAGGCACCUGGCCAUAUAAGGAAUAUGCUGCAUUUGAGUGAAUUUUAUGGUGGUUUGUGGUUCGGCAUUUGAGAAUCUUAAGGAGCAUGUUGUUGCAUCGGUAGUGGCUCUCAGCUAAGUGUGGGGCUGUCAUCAUGAUGAAUAAUCUUCCGAACGUUUAUAAUAGGGAGACCAGACUACAGUCAUUACAUAAGCAAAGAAAUACUACUGACAGUGCUGCCAUCUUGUGUUUUUGUAUGUGUCCAAAUUGCGUGCAGCAAAUACAGUGUAGCGAAUGUCAAAUCUUUUAUGAAUGGUCCAUUAUAACGGACAUUAUAUUGUAGGUAAAAAGUGGCGAAAGCUUAAUCUAAACUCCUACUAUGUUCACUUUCUGUUUUAAGCAAUGAAGAGGAUUGGAGUCGCUUUUCUUACUGAACGUAUUAUGCACGUGUCCACAUUUCACCCGCUCGAGGGCGCUCGUAACAUAAUUAUUGCUAAAAAACAAAUAACAAUGAACAACUACACUCUCGUAGGCAUAUAGCAUUGAUUGAUACUAUUAGGUAACCUAUCAGAGUAAAUAUUACAGCGAAUAUAAAAUCGCGCCAAGAAAUAAACGAAGAUUAAUCUUCAGAUUAUAAUUAUAAUUGGCUCGAAUGCCUGACGUUUAAAAAGCUUAGACGACAUUUUACCUGACACAAUUUUCUUAAGCAGCUGUCUUUAGACUCGGUUGUCAUUGUAAUAUUCGAUUCAAACAAGAUGCCAACUUCUGGUUAAUUUUGUUUGUAGGCAUACUUUGUGUGCAUUUGUAUUGCUGUGUCCCUGGCCAUGGUAGAAGGACAAAAGUUGCUUUCAAUCACAUCUCAACUUUAUCGUACAAUUUACCAUAAUACAAUGUAGCUACACGUAGGCCUACACUUAAAAUACAAUGUCAUAUUGUUGCAUAAACAAUAAACAAUCCUUCUAAUAUCUAUGUUAGAUAUAUGCCGAACAACAAGUUCAGUCAGUCAUUGUUCAGCAUUGUGUAGCCUCCUGUAACCUACUGUUUUGUUGGGUAUAUUAAAACAAAUACAAUCUAGUCUUCUGCACCUCCCACAAUUGCAUCUGAGGUAAGAAAUCUUUCAAUAUUUCGGUUUUAAAUAUAACCACAAUAUUUUUUUAAAUGUAUUUCUAGUUUACAGAAAGUGCAAUUGGCACAUAGACCAAAAAAUAACUUGGUAUUUUAUGAGAACAUUAAUGAGUCUUAUGCACAUAGUAGCUUGCAGUGAUUAACAUAUAGUCUGUUCAGUAAGCCGACCACUUACUUUGUUUUCUAUUAUGGUAGCUACUGUUUUUGAGGGCGAGUGUGGAAGCGGUCAGUGCUACAAAAGUAAGUAAACUUCGGGUAGGUAUUCACAAACACGGAUGAGUGGAAUUUCUGUGCGCUUUAAUUACUAUUUUGUUCACCUGUGGUUUUGAAAAGACUGGCGCCUUUUAUGAUUAGUCUAUGUCUGUCUGGUACUACUAGGUUGAUCUUUGGCGCCCGUAGACUGCAGAUGACAGCACCGUCUGUGGUACGCUAUCCAGCGUUACAAACAUGAGAUAAAACUUUUAGGCUAUCUCUUUCAGAAACAGAAACUUACAAAUUGUAGCGACAAUAUCGAUCGCUUGAACACAUACAGGCAAAAUAUGAAAUUGACUGCGGAGGUUAGUUUAAGCUAACUUAGCGAUAUGCAUUAACAUAUUUUACAGAGAUAAAUUAUAACGUUUUUUCAAUUUAAGUUUUGUACGCCUAUGGAUUAAUAUUAUUGAACAACAACCGCUGUAAUGCUCAUGAUUUCGAAAAGUAUACUAGACUAAAAUGGACUGAAAUGUAGGCCUCGGCUAAAACAUUUAAAAUAUAUAUAUAUCCUAAAGAACUCUUACAUAACAUCUGUUCAUUGGCUCCCGCACACCAACUAGUUCUGCCUCUUCACGUGACACUGGAUAAAUGCCCGCCCGCCUGCAUCUUGGCAACAGACAAUCACAGACUCUGGUAAGAGAAGUUGUAUUGGCUGGUUCGUUGAUAGACAUGAUGCAAUCUAAGUUGGAGAACGAUCUUAACCGGUGAAAUAGUGUUUGUUUUUGAGAGCUGUUAAUAGGCCUACUGCUUUACACAAAUAUAUUGAAGCGUGCAAAAAAAAAAGUUUAUUAUCCCAAUACAAUGACCGGGGUUUUUGACAGUCUUGCCACAGAUAUGCAUUCGAACCAGGUAACCUCGAACAAUUAUCACAGCUUGCACAAAUCGCAGGAAUCUCCAACUUUGCCAGUAUCUACUGCAACUGACAGCAGCUACUACAACAACCAACAGUCUGGACACGGCACGGGGUCGCCAUAUGGACAACUCGGUCCGUAUCAGUACCAUACAGGUGGUAUAACCAAUGUUCAGUACAAUACCAAACAUUACGAUAUCGGUUUCAAUACUGCGUAUGGCACAUAUGGCUCUUAUCCUUCAAGCUCGUCGCCAACCCCUACGGAUGCAGAGAAAGAGGAAAGUGAACCUGAAAUCCGUAUGGUCAACGGCAAGCCAAAGAAAGUUAGGAAACCGCGAACAAUUUACUCCAGCUUUCAACUGGCAGCUCUUCAGAGACGGUUCCAAAAGACGCAGUACCUGGCUUUACCCGAAAGAGCCGAGCUGGCGGCAUCAUUGGGCCUCACACAAACCCAGGUGAAAAUAUGGUUUCAGAACCGUCGUUCAAAGUUUAAGAAGUUAUGGAAAAGUGGAGAAAUUCCCCCAGACCAACAUGUGGUCUCCAGCGAGUCACCCCCGUGCAACUCUCCACCAGCGGCAACCGCCUGGGACUUUCCUCAGAAUCAAAUAAUGAAUAACGUGAACUCCAGCUUGGCUCAAAGCAACAGUCAUGCCAAUACAACUGUCCCUUCGUUUUUAGCCAGUUAUUCUUGGUAUUCGACCACGAACUCUGCAACUCAUCUACAGCCUAACCCGCUUCUACAACAACAGCACAACUCUGCUAUGAGCGCGGGACCUAUCUUUUAACCCUGGUAACAUUUUCUGAAAGAGUGUGGAAGAAAGUAGCAUAUAACUGAACAUUUUCCACAAGGACAUGAAAUAGGCUAUGUAGACAAAUACUUUGGGGACAUAAACUGAGAACAUGCAGCUACGGUAAACGUGAUGUAACCUACCUGCCAGUUCCCAGCCUAAUUCUUAUCUGCCGUUUUUAUAGGGCUAGAAAGGUGUAUGUGGUCCGGAAGAAUCAAAACAUGUUAAAUUAUUAUUUUUUGUAUUUAUUUAUUAUUUUACAAAAAUACAGUUUUAAAUACCACUGAUAUCCAAAGGAACAAGAGUAUUUUAUGAAAAUAAUUUCACGAAUGCACAUGUUUCUUCAUAUGUCUGCAGGCAAUUUGUUUUAGGAGAACCGUAACAAUACAUAUGUAGCACAAUUUCAAGCUGUAUUGGUGCCUUUUGGAAAUGACCUCAAUUGUGUUUUAAAUGUACCAAAAGUUGUUUUCAUUUCAACUAUACAUUUACGUUUUGGCCUGUUCUGUAUAUAAGGUAAAUUGUGCAGAUUAGAAUUUUCUUUGUAUCGAAUGAGAGUGUUUCCUUUUUUACGACAAUAUAUUUCCCACCUUCUUUGUGAAAUCUUACAUCUUGUGUUGCAUUUUAGAAGUAAAUGCGUUUAACCACGCCA